GUAAACAGGAUACUAUAUUCGCUGUUACUCUUAUACGAAUGUUGAAAUGUAGACGAGCAUUGUGUAUCUGUGAAUGAAGCUGUGGUGCCGUUGUAUUUUGUUCCUACAUUAUAAAGGUAGCUCUGAAAGAUUAUAAAUUCGUUCGAUAAUACUAAAGCUAACAAGAAACGAAAAAAAAAUGAAUUCAUAUUAAUUCAUUUAUACAAAUAAUCUAUGGAUACAUAAACAAUACAUGCUUUUUGAUAAUUAAAAUAUGCCCAUUACGGGUUCAUUAAUUGGUUGAAGGAAUCAAAACGAUAUUAACAAAAAAAACGCAAUGUUCUUUAUUUUACAAGAGAAGUAAGACAAAGCUUUGAAUAGCCCGAUGCCGAUAAAGACAACAAGUAAUAGUUUUAAUCAUCAACACCCAGAGCAAGAAUCUUGUUCACAUUACCACUUACAACACAUGAAUUCUAGAAGAAAACGUGGAAAGCAAAGCAAUAAAAACUUCUUUGAGAUGGAUCAUAACACUUUUCUACAUUUAAAUUCAUUAUGGUCCAUUUGGUAUGGAGUUUUGUUCACAUUAUUUCAAGGAUACCUAGCCGUGCAUGGUGCUUAUCGAUUCUUAGGUUGCUCUCUCAUUCAGUGGAAAAUUGAGCCAGUAACCGAGUUAAAUUUGCAAAUAAUAUUAUCUGGAGUUGUAUUCAUUCUUUUACCUUUUUUCUUCACAUCAGCUGUAUUUAAAGUUGGCAACUUAGCCAAUGAUGGCGUUAAAUUAGCUACCGGUUCCAAAGGACGACGCUGUUCAAUGGCAACACAUGAUGGACUUGAAGAAGAACCGAAUGGUGGGACAAUACGAACAUUAUGGACUCAUGGCGGACCAACGGCGGCUUUUGUGCAUUUGUUAAUAGCAAUGUGCCUACUAAUGCCACGACUACUUUUAGAAGCAAGAAUAAUUGAAAAUGGUUUGCUCCCAAAAGAAAAUAUUUGGCAGAGCGAAUUAGACUUUUUAAUUAUAAAUCGUCGAAAUUUGGUUGUAAAUCCCAUUCACAUUUCUCAACGUCGGAGGUUCUUAUUUGAAAAUGAGUAUUAUUUUAAAAAUACCUCAAAUAUAAAUGAAUUUGUUAAUGGCUUAAACAAAGGCGUAAAUAAAAACAUAAUCAGUUCUAAUAAAAUCAAAGCGAUACCACCUAACAAUAACUUAAUAUCUCAUGAUUUGACUGAUUUAAUUUAUGGUAAAAGUAACGAUUACGAUGAAAGUAUAAACAUAAUGAGAAACGAUGAAACUAACCAUAAAAUAAAACCUCAACUAACUGAAAGUCUGUUUAACAAAGACAAUAUAAUCUCUAAUGAAUUCCUGCCUAAUAAUAUCACUCAAACUACUUCCGAAAUUAUAAUAACAACCAAUCUUGAAAAUAUAUCAGCGAAGCCAAUGAGACUUAAUUAUUUAAGUAAUAAUUCAAAUGAAAAUGUUGAGGCUGCACUUAUAACUACAAAUAAACCAUUGUUUCCAAUGACUGCCCAAACAACAGCUUCAUUUGUUAAACUACAUAUUAAUCCUACAAAAUCAAUUAUUAUAAAAAAACAUUAUUCCAACACAACCACACAAACGCCUACAACAACAUCAGCAAAUGAAGGCUCCACACAUAAAAAGAAAAAUUUCUUAUAUCACAAUUAUCAACACAAGAAUAAUAAUAGUAAAACACAUAAGAAUACAUAUCGACAUCAACGACAAAAUGUAUUAAUCGGGCAUCGACCUAUUAACACGGGAGAACUAAACUCAAGGGAAACGAAGAAAACAGCUAUAAGAUAUCAGAACAAAACAGAACUGUACAGUGGUAAUGAAUCAUUUGAAUUUGCCAAUAAUAAUUUACAUACAUCUGAUCGUCAUAUGUCGUAUGAUAACGCGGGUCUAAAACUUAGCACUGAUAUUCCUGACCCCGAUAUAAUAAGUACUGUCAGGUCAGAAAUUCUUUCUGUGUCAUCAACAUCUGCGAAAGCACAUUCAAAGAUCAUUGAAAAAAGACCCAAAAAACCUAAAGUGAAACGAAUGGCUGAUAGUGUACUGGAUAUUGAAAUAGAACCUGCUUUUUUAAUCAGUAAUUUUUCUAAAAAUUAUUCAAAUGAAAAUUAUGCUAUGUUCGUAGCUACAUCUACAAAUAAUGAAUCAUUUACUGACACACUUAUAAAGAACAUCUCUAUUGAUGGUCAAUCCGAUUUUAUUCAACUGAACGGUUUUGCCGGUAUGUUGCAAAUACUAUUCGGUAUUGAAAAGCCUAUCGAUGUGGACGUUUUUAAUCAUCCGCCUAGCUUCGAGUUUUUAAAUCUUUUAUUAGCACUGACGGUAUGGUCUGUGCGCUAUCCUGCCGUUUUCUGGGCCACAACAAAAAAACUAGCAAUCAUUUUUAGUAUUCAAAUAGUUUUUGCAUCGAUAGAUAUUAUUUUUAGCUACGCAGGCGUUUCAAAUCUAUAUAAAAUGCAAGUAUAUAGCGAAGCUACACCCAUAAAAAAAUCAGGGCUUCUUUUAAAUGCUGUGGUAACAUUGGCCCUUUUUUUAUUAUCAUCAGCUUUGAUAAUUGCAUCUUCAAUGAUUUUGUAUUUAUAUGGCCACGGACGAUUAACAGCCAAAGUGCGAAGUCGAUCAAUGAUUACCAUAAAAUCGAAUAAGGCAUGGAUUUAUUUUGCGCAUUGUGCCUCGUUGUGUUACAUUUUAGCAAUUGCGGUAGUUAAGGCACCCCUUCUUAAUGAUUUGAAUGCAACGUAUAGAAAAAAUUUCCAUCAUUUGACAUUUUUUUCUGUGCUUAUAAGUGUAGUCAAUUUUUUCAUGUGGAUUGUGAUAUGGCUUUCAUUGUCAGCUAAACGCCACUGGACAUUUAAGUUACCGCCAAUUGACUCUUAUGACGUACCUAAAAUUAGUGGACAACCUCUCUUAAUGUCAAGCCAGUCUUCGCUUCCAAACGCUAACGCAGAAAUAACUACUCAGCAGAAAGGGGUGACGAAAAUCGAUACAAGUGCAAAUAAUGGUAGUAAUAAAAAUACCAAUAUUAAUGGCAACAACGAUAUUUAUUGGCCCAAAAUAAUAUCUAAUUCUCCUAAAUUAAGAGUAACUUUUAAUGAAGUAACUAGUACGUCUGAAGAUGCUCUACUUAUUAGUGAUCAAAAACAAACUGAUGGCAAGCGCGAUUCGUCCAAUGGAACAAUGGUAUGUUUUACCAGUGUUACGGGGGAAAUUGAUGAAGGAGAAUACGCAACAUUAAGCGCCUCUUUUGGGGUAGAUUCAGCAGGUCUAGAGAGCUUUAAUACAAAUAUACAAGAUUUGAAUCAUAAAAAUGGAGAAAAUCAAAACAGCAGUACUCCAAAUGAAUUGGAAUAUAACAAACUUCAAUCACCCCAACCACAAUUAAUGAAAGAAACAGUUAAUUCUUACGCGAUUAAUGUAACGGAAUUUAUGGCAACUGGGACUGAACUUACAACUAAUACUGUUGCUGAGAAAAGUAAACUAUUAGCAUAUGAAAGCAAUGAGGGCAUUACUUUAGCGAAAAAUUCUAAAGCUAAGAGAUUAUCCCCAACGUCUUCAAACAGUGUCAAUUAUGCCAAUAGCACAGUUUGCCAACCAUUUAUCAAAGUUCCACAACAUUUAUCAACCCCCGAACGACUUUUUGGUCCGUUGGCACCCGUUACAGUUGCUGUACAUACAAAUGAAGCACAUAUAACAUCCAGUUCCAUACAACGAUGCAUACGUCGUGCCGAUUCUGGAGUACCAAAUGAAGCAUUAACACCACGUAGUGAUUCUACUUCAACAACUGAAAGCACAACAUCUCCACCUGAACGAGCACCGUCCGAAUCUUCUAGUGGCGUUCACUCCAGUGAAGAGCGAGACGUUGAAGUUAUUAUUCGACCACGUUCUAUUUGCAAAUCAACACCGAAACCCCAGCAACCAAUCAUAGAAGAAGAGCCUUAUGGUCGCUGUACUAAUAUGCGUAUGUCCAGUUUUAUUGCUAAACCAUUAAGCGUUUCUGCAAACACUUUGCCACACUCACGAACCUCAUCAGAACCAAAAUAUGAUUAUAUACAUCAUUGCAGUACUAUGCCAUUACCAGUGCAUAAUGCUGAAUAUACUUCAUCAAAUAUAUCAGCAUAUUCUAAUUCAUUAUCAGCGCAUUCAAUGAAUUCACAACAACAGCCCACUUCUAGUUUUAAAUCUCAAUUGUAUGCUAAUACUACGAGUGCCAUUUCAGAUCCUCAACAACAACAACAGCCACUAACUGCUUUACAUACCACACUACCAAAUGGGGUACGUUAUUCCAAUCCGCACUUUCUUCGACGUAUGUCACAUGUUGGCAAAUUAGUAGAAUCAUCAUAUGAAGAAGUAGAGAUUGGUGCUGGGCACCACACUUUCUCAAAACUACUGCAUGAACCACUAAAAAAUGGUUUGACUAAUUCUGUUAUACCAGAAAACUGUGUACCCAUCAAUUAUACAGUUAUAUCUAAUCAAUAAUAUAAUCUGUAUGCUUCAACUAAAUAAACAAAUGUGUCUAUCAUAUCUUAUGGUACAAUAUCAUUUUUGUUAACAUAUAUUAAAGUAUUAUUUAAACAAAAAUCGUCUAAUCAAAUGCUUCACUGGCAGUUGCGAAUAUGUA